CACGAAGAAGAAGUGGGUUGUUGUCCCAUGAUGCAUCGCGCUGCCAACGUAUGCAAACAGGAACAUGGCCAUCGGUCUUUAACGUCGGGGCUUCUCCAGUUGUCUCCUCUGUGAGCCCCACGCAGCCCGUGACAGCCCGUGAAUCUGCCGCGGAGGGAAACCCACGGUAGAGCCCAGCAGCGGAGCGUCAAGCCCUGGUUGUCGCUCUUCAGUCCCAGUCAGUGUCAUCAUGGCGAGUCCAAGAACCAGAAGAGUUCUGAAGGAAGUGAGAACCCAAGAGGAGAAUAAUCUUUGUUUUGAGUGUGGAGCUUUUAACCCCCAGUGGGUCAGUGUCACAUACGGCAUCUGGAUCUGCCUCGAGUGCUCUGGGAAGCACAGGGGCCUGGGAGUGCAUCUCAGUUUUGUGCGCUCGGUCACCAUGGACAAGUGGAAAGAUAUUGAGCUGGAGAAAAUGAAAGCUGGUGGAAAUGGCAAAUUCCGCCUGUUUCUAGAGCUGCAGGAGGAUUACGACCCGAACUGGACCUUACAGGAGAAGUACAACAGCAGAGCUGCUGCACUCUUCAGGGACAAGGUAGCAACAUUAGCUGAGGGGAAGGAGUGGUCCAUUGACACAUCCUCCGCCAGAAACUGGACUCCACCUCAACCCAAGUCGAGCCUUUCAUCCUCCCACCGAUCCGGAGGACCCGGGCAGAAUCAAGUCGGUUCUAACGACAAAGCUUUCGAGGAUUGGUUGAGUGACGAUGUCAACUCUUAUCAAAGUGGAGGAGGCUACAGUGGGAACCAAGAGAAUCGUUAUGUUGGCUUUGGCAACACAGUAACGCCAGAGAAGAAGGAUGACGACUUCUUGAACAAUGCAAUGUCUUCAAUUUACUCAGGCUGGAGCAAUUUUACAGUUGGAGCCACCAAAAUUGCUUCAAUUGCCAAAGAUAAUACGACAAAGCUGGCGAGCCAAGCAACUUUAAAGGCCACAGAAUUAGGACAGACAAUAAAUGAGAAUGUUAUCAAACCGACCCAAGAGAAGGUCAAAGAUGGCAAAUUGAUAGAUGAAAUGGCCGUCAGCAUCACUGGGCUGGCAAACAAGGUUCAGGGAGCUGGUGCAAAACUGACAAACCUGUUUACUGGAAAACCACAAGAUGGCUCCGGUGGAGAGAGCUACCAGGACAUGGAUGCCACAGAGGGGUAUCAGGGCAGCUCCGGUCAGCCCGUGGCGAGGGAUUUCUGGGAAACCUUUGGCAGCAACAGCUCCCUAAAGGAGAAGAAAUCUCCCAGCAGUGACAGCUGGACCAUGGCAGAUAAUUCUGGCAAAAAGAGCUCUGACAGUUGGGACAAUUGGGGCUCUGAAGGAGCCUCCAACAACAAACACAGCACAGAGGAGAGCUGGGAGGCCUGGGACAACAACUGGGAGAAUGCAGAUGGUAAGACAAAGAAGAGUCCCUCAAAGCCGGCCGAGGAGGCCUGGGAUAGUGCUGGCUGGUGAUCGCCUCCCAGACUUACAUCAACUAAACCUUUGUAUUUUCUUCCUUUCCACCUUCUCUCUCUCUCUCUUUCUGUCGUGUUAUUCAUCUAAUUUGCACUUUCUGGAAGAGAGUGGCAUUAGCUUAAUUCCUAUUUAUGCAUUCAGAAUGAAUUAUUUAGCUAAGAACGAAUCGAUGAGAUCCAGAGAUGAUUGGAGCUCAUUAAAUGAACACCUAAAGGAACUGUUUACUUCAAAAGCUGUAUUUUAUUAGAAACCAUCUCAAAGAGGCAAGCCUAUUCAGUGUAGAUAAAAUCAUGACUUCCUGUCUGGAUUACCCAAAUAUUAUGGUUAUAAAAUAAAGCUCUGUGCCAACAAUAACAGUGGUUUGGCAAUACUAUGUUGUUGUUUUUUUCAACAUUGAAAUUACUGCAUGAAAGAAAAAGAGAAAACUGGUAUUGUAAAUGAGUCAUUGUAAAUAUUGAUACAUUUUUUUCUUUCUGUUUAAUCAGAUUAGCAUUUUUGACCAAUGGAUGCCCAUUUAGCCCUACAGUCAUUGCAGAUUUAUAUUAAAUUCUGAUAAAGAAACAAUCUAAGACUCUGGCUACAGAUGAUUACAGUCUAUCAGAACUCAUUACAUUUAAAUCCUUUAAUAUGCGGCUUAAUGGCAUUUGAGACCAACUUGAGAGCUGCAGAACUCCCUUGUUGUGUUAUCAGGACAGGAAAAAGAUACGACAGGAUCACCUGAAAUUUAAUGUUCCCUGAGCGAGUGUUACUAAGUCACAGUACAGAUCUGAAUCACACGUUUAAAUUAAUUCCUUCCCUAAUCUUAAGAGAAAAUGGCUUCUUAAUUGUUGUACUGGUUCUUUUUUUCCUUUACUGUUGAAUAUCCUCCCGUUUAGCAUAGAGAGCUUGCGCACUUAGAGACUGUUGAAACCAUCAUUACACACCAGACAAAUUAUUUGUAUCAUCUCAUUUCCAUAGAAACUGAAACACGCAUACGAUUGAAGAUCUGAUUUAAUCGUCAGGUGAAUUUUCCAUCUUUUUUUAAUGGGGACUUUCGUACGUACAAUCGCGUUCCUGUUUUGCCGUCAUGCUCAGCUUUGCAUUUUCUUAUUUGUUUGAGAUGAUCGACGCAACGUGGCAGUGUCGCUCCGUCUUCGUCGCUCAGGUCAGGCUGGCGUUGUCUCGUAAUUAUGCCUCGCGUUAGAGCAGACGUACCGCUUUAUCCUCAUUUUCCCAGGUUUAUGUAUUCAGGUCAUGUUGUGGAGCUUUGGGGGGAAAAUUAGAUUCAGUAUUUAUCAUUUUUAAGUGUAUAUUUCUUGUUGCAGGGAAGCACUCUUAGUACUGUACAUGCAAAUGAAGGUUGUGUUUCAAAAACCUGGAUCCAGGGGAAUAGUGCAGACUACAUUUAUAUAAAGGACGGUGUCAAAGCAGCCCGCCUGUAAACAUUAAACUUGUGACAUCGACUCAGGAGGAGUUUGCAAAUUUCAUCUCAUAUGCAGGAAUUUCAUCAGGGUCAUAUGGUCACAUUUGAAAUAUUAGCAUUAUUAUUAAUAAGAAUGACACUCAUUAUAGCCCAUAUGCCUAGCUUUUCACCGGUCUCGAAUUCUUGUGAACUGGUGUUUGGCAAUUUAUAUACAUUUACGUGGCAUUUACCCCUCAUUGAUCACCAUAUAUGGUGAAUUAUGAAAAGUUUAUUUUAAAAACACAAAAGGUUAUGUCCUUGUCAAACUGGGUGCUUGUAGGAAAUAUAAUUGGGCAGCCCCAUACCUUUUGUGGGGGAAAAACGAUGAAAUUAGUGUCGUUUUUGUUCUGGAUUCCUUACCUCGUGGUCUUCGCCAUUAGUGCGUAUCGGUUUAAAAAUACAGCUGGGCUGUCACGGCUCUUAAGAUACAGUCUCAUUAGGCCUAAAGUUCUGUCUUAUUAAUAUUACUAGAAAGUUCAGCCCAAACCCACUGUCCUACCUCUGAGAAGUCCUCUGUUUACUGUUAAAUUAGUUUUUUUGAGGAAGUUCUUAUUUUCUAAGUCUUUCCGCCUUGUUUUGGUGGUUGAUUUCAACUUUUUUUUUUUACCUGUGGUUCUUUUUGUGUGUUAAAAAAGUGACUGUAUGACAACAAACUCAAGUCUCCAGUGUUGAUGUGUUUUCAGUGUCAAUGCUGCGCUGUUUAACAAAAAAAAAAAAACCUUGUAACGUCCGUCUAGCUGAAGCUCUGCAGUCGUGUCUGUGUACAGUCAGGUGUGAAAGCCUUAAACAGCCUUGGUGACUGUCUGCCGAUAAUGACGGAUGUUUGCCCGUGUGUGUCUCUCUCUCUGAUGCAGUGAGGUGUAAAUGUUGCCCUUAACGUCCGCUAUAUUACUAACAUGUUGUGAAGAAUCGGUUAAUUCUGUUUUUUUUUUUUUUCCCCCUUUUAUUUGUGCUGGAUUUAGGUGCAAAACAAAUUUUCGAGGACUUUGUGCUGAGAAAUGUCACCAUUUUCUUUUCUUUUUUUUUUAGAGAGAGAAAGAUGAGAACAGUAAACCAGCAAAUGUCUUAUUCGCCAUACUUUUUUCAUAAACAAAAUGCAGAAUGUGCUUAAAAGAAAAUCAGAUGAAUUUAACUACUUUUUGUACAAAGUUAAGGAUUUUUUUUUAAUUGACUUCCACAUUCGGGUAAUUUAAUUUAUACAGUUUCUCUGAGCACCUGUUGAUCUGUUUCUGUGCCUGUGCAACGUAUGAGAUCGGGUAUUUCUGUCUAGCUGUGAUACUAACCAUGUCAAAAUGCUAUUUUUGAUGUCAUGCAUGAUAUUUUAAAGUGGAUAUGAAUACAUGAAGUUGUUUCCUCAGUGACUUAAAGUGCAGUUGUCUGCUUGUUUCACCAGCAGCAUUCUUAUGAGGUGAGCCUGUGUUACCCAUCACUUUAGGGCUGUGGAUACAUUUUUUUUGUUUUUCCGUACACAUGGUUCAAUGUAAAAUAAACCGUAUCGUGAGUGA